AUGAACGGUUUUGGUGCGCGUGCCGCCCCCAAGAAAGGCGAGAACUUUGAGUUGAGGGCCGAUCUUAACAGCGAGUAUCGGGACCGCAGAAAAGAUGCUAUUAAGCGCGUUAUAGCAAACAUGACCGUUGGGAAAGACGUCUCGGGGUUAUUUCCAGACGUUCUAAAGAACAUGCAGACGGAAGAUCUCGAACAGAAGAAGCUCGUCUACUUGUAUUUGAUGAACUACGCCAAAACUCAACCAGAGCUGGUGAUUUUGGCCGUCAAUACCUUCGUGAAGGAUUCAGACGAUCCGAACCCCCUUGUACGAGCAUUGGCUAUACGGACAAUGGGUUGCCUACGAGCCGAAAAGAUAAUCGACUAUCUGUCUGAUCCUUUGCAUAAGGCCUUGAAAGACGAGAACCCUUAUGUCAGGAAGACUGCGGCGCUAUGUGUGGCCAAAUUAUAUGACAUCAAACCUGACUUGGCUAUCGAUGGAGGGUUUCUUGAGAUGCUGCAAGAGCUCAUUGCGGAUAGUAAUCCGAUGGUAGUUUCCAAUGCCGUUACCGCCCUCAGUGACAUACAUUCUAGCGCCAGUGCGCAGAUCAGUGAGGGUGUUGCCCCCGACUCGCGUGCCAUGUUCAUCAUCAAUUCUGCUGUGCUGACUAAACUUUUGAUUGCUCUUAACGAAUGCUCGGAAUGGGGGAGAGUAGCCAUCCUCAAUUGCCUGGCAAAGUAUAAAGCACAGGAUGACAAAGAGAGCGAACACAUCUGCGAGCGAGUGAUGCCCCAAUUCCAACACGCGAAUGGUAGCGUAGUCUUGACUGCGGUUCGCGCAGUAAUGGUACACAUGCGUAUGGUGACGAGAGAGGAUCUGAUCAGUCAAUUAGUCAGGAAGAUGGCACCUCCGCUAGUCACGCUUGUUUCAGCAGAGCACGAAGUGCAAUGGGUAGCUCUUCGGAAUAUCAAUCUACUCCUUCAAAAACGUUCCGACAUUCUGCAAAAUGAGAUGCGCGUAUUUUUUUGCAAAUACAACGAUCCCCCGUAUAUUAAAGUCGAAAAGCUUGACAUCAUGAUUCGGCUUGCUCAAGAGAAGACCGUUGACACUCUACUCAGCGAACUCAAAGAGUAUGCCUCAGAAGUUGACGUAGACUUUGUUCGGAAGUCGGUGAGAGCAAUCGGGCAAUGUGCCAUCAAGAUUGACACAUCCGCUGAGCGAUGCGUCAAUGUUCUCCUUGACUUGAUCGGCACACGAGUGAGUUAUGUGGUGCAAGAAGCAGUGGUGGUGAUGAAGGAUAUCUUUCGGAAAUAUCCUAACAGCUAUGAAGCCGUAAUUCCAACGCUGUGCGGCAAUCUAGAGGAGUUGGACGAACCGGAGGCCAAGGCGUCGCUCAUCUGGAUCAUUGGGGAAUAUGCAGACAAGAUAGAUAAUGCAGAUGAACUUUUGGGAAUUUUCGUUGACGGUUUUAUUGAUGAAUCGUAUCAGGUUCAAUUACAGACAUUGACGGCUGUAGUCAAAUUGUUCCUCAAGAAACCUGACAAUGCACAAGGGCUAGUUCAGCGGAUCCUUGAGACGGCAACGAAGGAUUGCGAAAGUGCGGACGUCAGAGAUAGGGCCUAUAUUUAUUGGAGGUUGUUAUCGACGGACCCUGGCGCAGCAAAAGCCGUCGUACUUGCUUCGAAACCCCCGAUAACGCUUCCCCGCACAACCGUCUCGUCAGUGGUGCUUGAGGAAUUGCUUGGAGAAAUCGGUUCAUUAGCUAGUGUGUACCACAAACCCGCGGAGACGUUUGUGGGAAGAGGCCGCAUAGGUGCUGAUGCGUUGCGGCGAACUUCUGAUUUGGAGGACGAGAUGUCUUCCCGAGAGAAAGCGCUCAAAACUCUGGUGGCCGGCCAACAGGCCGAGAAUCUGCUGGACUUCGAUGAACCUGACAGCGACAGUGCAAACGCUUCACUAAGUGGUAUUGCGGCAACCCAACGAACGCUACCACUGACAACCGCAGCUACAACGAGCAUACUAACGUCCGCCAAUCCACUUGACGAACUGGUAUCUAUUUUUGGGAAUACCAACAUCUCUGCCCCCUCUAACGUACUUCCGACAACGUUGUCAUCACCUAUGUCUCCGUCAACCAAUUCCAAUACUUCGAUAGGUUUAUUUGGUCCCCCGUUACAAACCCCAUCACAAUCUUCUAAGCCGAUUGGGAAGCCGCAAGAAGACUUAUUGGGGUUAUUCUAG